CUCGUCACCUGUGUGUCCCGUGCUUCUAAAGACCCGAGCAUGGCGUUGGUUGGUGUAUCAGCCCUGUGGCUGCUGGCCCUCGUGGCCUUUGUCCGGGGGGAUUCACUGGAGAACUCGUUUGUGGUUCGGGCCGGGACGAGAUUCACGUCCCGCUCCUACAGCGCCAUGCUCUCCGUGCCCAACGGGGAGCGCUUCGGCCUCUGGACGUGGCCCGAGAUGUGCCCGGAGAACUUCUUCGCUGUGGGAUUCAGUCUGAGGGUUGAGCCUAAUCAGUAUGGAGGGGACGACACGGCUCUGAACGGGAUCCGUCUGUUCUGUAGUCAGGAUGGAGACCGGAGCUUCCUCUACACUGUGGAGUCCCACACUGGACAUUUCGGGGACUGGACGGACCCUCAGUGGUGCCCCAGCGGAGUUCUGACCUCCUUCCAGCUGCGGGUGGAGCCACACCAGGGCUUCUUCGGUGACGACACGGCCGCCAACAACAUCAAGUUCCGCUGCAGCAGUAACCCCACGCUGGAGGGGCGGGGGAUGGACUGGGGCGAAUACGGCUACUGGAGCACAGAGUGCACGAACGGGGGCAUCUGUGGCAUCGAGACCAAAAUGGAGCCCUACCAGGGGGCACUAGACGACAGUUCACUAAACGACGUGCGCUUCCACUGCUGCAGCAAGAACCAACAGUGAACACCAUGACCCAGAGUGCUCACUAGGGGAUCAGACAGUCAACAUCGCAGCAGCCUGCUCGGGCCCGGCGGACCUUCACCACAGCGGCUGAAACGAAGAGCAAACUGCAGCGAACGAAUCGCAUCCAGAGAUAAAUAAACAUUCAGAAUGUCA